AACGAAUUACACUAAUUAUGUGACAUCGUAUUCAACAAUCAAAAUAUCAAAACAUGGGAGCGAAGUUGUUUAAUCGCGAGUUCUAAAUGUGUUUUUUCUCCGUUUGGCAUCAUGGGUAAUGUAGUUCACGUUUCGAACGCCGCGUAUGAAUACACUGGAUAUUUGGCGUUCCAUUAACUACGUUACCCAGCAGCCACCGGGGCGUUUCAGCCGAGACACGCAAGGACUCAUGAAUUACGCUCGGUUUCUCACCGCUGUGAGCGCAGCGAGAAAGCCCUCCGCUCUCCGGAUGCUGACCGAGCUGCAGUUGCGGUCUCCUCCGUCCCUGAUCUCUUUGGCCAGCGGAGCGCCCAACCCCAACACCUUCCCCUUCCAGUCCGCAUCCAUCAAGCUGAAGAACGGGCCGACGCUCACCUUCGACGAGACGACGAUGAAGAGGGCGCUGCAGUACUCUGCCUCCAACGGAAUACCCGAGCUGCUGGCGUGGAUGAAGAGCCUGCAGGAGGACCUCCACAAACCGCCGAGCCCGACGGACAUGUGUGUGACCACGGGGAGCCAGGAAGGCCUCUGCAAGGUGUUUGAGAUGCUGGUCAACCCCGGAGACAACGUUCUGCUGGACGCCCCGACGUAUUCAGGCACACUGGCAGCGCUCCAGCCGCUCGGUUGCAACUUGAUCAACGUCCCCAGCGAUCAGCACGGCAUGAUACCUGCCGGCCUGAAGGAGGUUUUGUCUCGGUGGGACCCCUCCGAGGUCCAAAAGCCCGGCAGCACCGGCCCCAAGAUCCUCUACACCAUCCCCAACGGAGGAAACCCCACCGGCGCCUCCAUGAGCACUCAGAGGAAGCGGGAGGUGUACGAGCUGGCCCGGCAGUACGACAUGCUCAUCAUCGAGGACGACCCCUACUACUUCCUGCAGUUUGACAAGCCGUGGGCUCCCACGUUCCUCUCCAUGGAUGUUGACGGGAGGAUCCUCAGGACAGACUCCUUCUCUAAGAUCCUGUCGUCAGGGCUGAGGAUCGGGUUCCUGACCGGUCCCAAACCGCUGGUGGACCGGGUGGUGCUGCACAUCCAGGCCUCCACGAUGCACACGAGCACCUUCACGCAGCUCAUGGUGUCUCAGUUGUUGCACAGCUGGGGCCGAGAGGGUUUCCUCCAGCACAUAGACGGGGUGAUCGAGUUUUACAGGAAACAACGCGACGCCAUGAUCAGCUCUGCAGACAGGUGGCUCAAAGAUGUAGCAGAGUGGCACACCCCGUCGGCAGGCAUGUUCCUGUGGAUCAAACUAAAGGGCAUAGCCGAUACCCAACAGCUCAUUAUGCAGAAAGCCUUGGAGAAAGAGGUACUGCUGGUUCCUGGAGGCGUCUUCAUGAUCAACAGUAGCGACCCCUGUCCCUACUUCAGAGCGGCCUUCUCUCUCUCCACACCAGAGCAGAUUGAUGAGGCUUUCAGAAGACUCUCUUCUCUCAUCAAAGAGGCUUUGUGAUCAAAGAUUUCCCCCUAAAAGAUGCUGUAUUUUUGUUUCACUGAUUGUUGAAUAUAUAUAUAUAGCAAAUAUAUUAAUAAAGUGUUCAUAUAUUUUGAUAUUGUGUAACCUCUGAUUAUGUCUACAUAGUCAAGAGAGACUCAGAAUGGAUGUACUGUACUUGUUGCUGUUUAUUAGUGUUAAAAGAAGAACAAUACAGUUGCACUACAGUGAGGAUGUCUUCAUGUUCACCAUAUACAAAAAAAGUAAACAACUUUUUUUUAAUCA